AUCCAAUGCUCUCUAUCUAGUCCUCUCUAGAACCCGAUCCCUGAAAAGACCUUCAUUCCAGCGCCUUCCUUCGAUUUCCUCCGUUUUCCCCAGAAACUCAACUGCGCGAGAGCCGCUACUCAUCCGCUGCGGAGGUUUAUCUUUUGGAGACAGCGCCUUUCACCUUCGUUUUCUUUGUGCUCUAGGUCAUAGCUUUGUUUGCAGAGUCUUAGGUGCACUCGCGGUCGAGGAUAGUUUUUUGUUUUUUCGAGUUUGUGUUGUGAAGCUGUUUGUGAGCUGAGCGAUACGGGAAGUAGUUUGUAGGAGAGGUAGCAGAGCAUAAUGGCUAUAGCGGGUACUGCUGCGGCCGGGGCCGUGACGACGACGGCGACGGUGGCUUCUGUAGGCUCGAGGAACGCUGUAGCUGGGAGUUGCAGCAGUAGCAGCAGGGGUGUAGCGGUACGAGCUUGGUCUUCGAGUAGAUUUGUUGGUGUGAGAGCCUCCAACAACGAUGUGUCGACGAAGACGGUGACGGGAGUGGUGUUUGAGCCCUUCAGUGAGGUGCAGGAUCAGCUUGUGAAGGUUACCACGUCGCCACAAUUAGACUCGUUGGCUCGUCAGCGCUUCUCAGCUUCUUGCGAGGCUGCCAUCAAUGAACAAAUCAAUGUGGAGUACAAUGUUUCUUAUGUUUAUCACGCCCUAUUUUGCUAUUUCGACCGUGACAAUGUGGCUCUUCCAGGUCUUGCGCAGUACUUUAAAGCCGCUAGUGACGAAGAACGUGAACAUGCUGAGAAAUUGAUGAGAUACCAGAACCAGCGAGGAGGAAGAGUCAAGUUGCAAUCUAUUGUUUUACCUGAGAUGGAAUUUGACCAUCCUGAAAAGGGAGAUGCUCUUUAUGCUAUGGAGUUGGCGCUUGCAUUGGAGAAGUUGACUAACGAGAAGCUUUUGCAGUUGCACCAGGCUGCCUCUGACGCCAAUGAUCCCCAGAUGACUGAUUUUGUUGAAGGGGAGUUUCUCACAGACCAGGUUGAAGCAAUCAAGAAUGUGUCCGAAUAUGUGGCUCAGCUACGGAGAGUUGGGAAAGGGCUUGGUGUCUACCACUUCGACUUGCAACUACAGGAAGAACAAAAUGGCGCUGCUGCAGCUUAAGGAUCGUUUACAUUCAUCUUUCCAUUUUAUUAGUAGAAGUGAGAUCUCAUAUAAAGAUUACCUUGACAUUGGAUGGAUCACACCAGGUCUACUUAUUGUCCUUGGUACUCAACUUCAAGAAUAUAUGUGAGGUUAUGAGUAGAAUUGCUUCUACUUGAACAGGUUAAUGCAAGGAUCCUAUGGUAGCGCUCUUCACUGCACACAUACAGGUUUUAGGCCUAGAAUUGUGUUAUUUGAACAAACCUUUUUAUCCAUUUUGGAGAGCAGAGGUACAUGGGGAAAGAAUAUGUAUUGCUUUCCUCCAAUGAAGCGCACAUGGUUUUUCUGCAUUGUGAAAACUUGGGUUAAAAUUUAAAAUUUUGUUACUCAUCACAGGUGUACUUGUGAUAAUAUUUGGUUAUA